AUGGCAGUGGCACGACCGCGCGGUCCUGUCGUUUCAUUGACAAAGGCAUCUCUGCCAUCGGGUCAGACCAGUCUCCAUGGCCGAACCAUACUCCUAGAGAAGCUUGAAUCAAAACACGUUAAAGACCUCUUCAAUCUUGUUGGCGGUGAUAAUCCUGCCCGCACGUCUCUGUGGGAUUACAUGGGCGAUGGACCAUACCCUCAGCUAGAUGCAUUCGAAAAAGCCGUCGCUUCUAAGUCGGCUUCCCUGGAUCCGUUCUUCUUUGCGAUCAUCGACAAGCGCAGCACUAUGCCCACGUUCGAGAAAGCAAUUGGAUACAUGUCCCUUAUGCGAAUUAUCCCGGAGCAAUUGUGCAUUGAAAUCGGCAAUGUGAUGUUCUCAUCUGCUCUUCAACGCACCGUUGGAGCAACGGAGGCGUUUUAUCUUCUGGCGCGACAUGCCUUUGAUGAUCUGGGAUACCGCCGGCUGGAGUGGAAGUGCGACUCACUUAACGCACCCUCACGGCGAUCGGCUCUACGAUUGGGCCAUACGUUUGAGGGAAUAUUCAGACAACAUAUGAUCGUGAAAGGACGGAGCCGAGAUACAGCUUGGUUUUCGAUUUUGAAAGAGGAGUGGCAGGGGAGUAUAGCGGGGGCAAUGAAGAUGUGGCUGGACGAGAGAAAUUUCCGCGAGGAUGGAAGCCAAAUCAAGGCACUCCAGGAUUUUAGAACGAGUCCUACAAGAUGA